AUGGCUGCAAUUGAAUAUGCAUGUUGCUCGAACGCAAAAAUAUUUCCUGAAAUAGAACAUGCCCAUAGACCCGGGAAAUCAGUUCCGGUAGUUGAUCCUCAAGUUUUUUAUAAACAUACUAAAAGAUCAUUAGAAGGGUGUCAUGCAAAGUUGAAAGAGUCUGGUGCAUUAGCUCGUCGCUCAGCUAAAAGUGAACAGUUCAAGAAAAGACAUUAUGAAGAGAAAUUGAAGGAAAGAUCGAUUGAUUAUGCUAAUCAGGAAACAUUGGUAAAUUUGAAAAGUAAAAGGGAUAACGGGACCACUAUUAUCGAUGCUGAAAAUUUCUGUAUUUUAACUCCAGAAAAUAUUAUUGGACCAUAUUAUGUUGGUGGAGAAUAUAUCAGGGAUGAUAUUGUUGAUGGACAAGAAGGGGUUGAAUUAUUAUUGGAUGUUCAAAUCAUUAAUAGUAAGACCUGUGAGCCAAUCGCCAACAAUUAUCUUGAUGUUUGGCAUUGUAAUGCAACUGGGGUUUAUUCCGGAGUGGAAGCUGAAGACACUAUUGGGUUAAAUUACUUAAGAGGAGUGUAUCCAACUGAUGAAGAAGGUAUUGUUCAAUUCAAGACCAUUUUCCCUGGGUGGUAUGAAGGAAGAUCCACCCAUAUUCAUAUAUUUUCUCAUGUUAAUGCAACUGUGCAGACUAAUAAUAAUACAUUGAACAUCGGAGGCACCGAUCAUAUUGGGCAAAUUUAUUUCGAAGAUAGUUUAGUUGAUGAAAUCAGUGAAUUGUAUCCAUAUACAAAAGACACUAACCCUAGAACCACCAAUGAGGAGGAUAUGUUUUUCCCUCAGCAAAACUCCAGUGGUUAUGAUGCCAUCAUUGAGAUUGAGUACUUGGGCACUAAUAUUAGUGAUGGAUUAAUUGGCUAUAUGAGUAUUGCAGUUGAUUUGACUGCCAAUCACGACGAUGCAAUCCUGGUUGCUAAUUACUUGGACUAA